AUGGAAAUAAAUAUCUCCGAAGAUAGUGGUAAUAAAUUGCUUACUGAUGGGAGAGGAGCCGUCGAAGCAUGUAUAUCGACAGAGCGGCAAUUUUUGUCGGAUUUCGUAGCAGGAGCAGAGAGCACGGCAGGUGGGCGGCUAGCGCGCUGGCUGGCCCCUGGACCUCGUGUUGAGCCGUCAAGAUGUGAACUCAAACCGCCCCUCAUACCCGCACGUCCCGCUGCCAGACUAAGCUUACCUAUUAUCGUUAGAGAUCAAUAUGGUGAUAUAGUCUGCUCACCAGCUAUCAAAAUUGAGGUGGUCGUGCAACGAAUAGAAGAUAGUAUUCUACGCGCCGGCAACUCAAUGGCGUCAGAACGUCGCGGUAGCUUAUCAGACGUCCCGUACCAACCAACUGUACGAGAUACCAUGUGGUUUCACGCUAUAACAAUGAUGAAGCCGUAUCAAAAUUAUUCAUUUGAGGAAUUACGAUUUGCAAGUGGAGCGUGGGGUGGGGCUGGCGCUCUUCUAGAAGGCCUUGGGGGCGGCGGUCGCAUACCUGCUGAGCGCAUAAUCGUUGAUGCACAACGUGAUGGAUCCUAUACGGCUAUAUGGGUGCCGAGAACACCUGGCACCUACGUAUUCAGAUGCACGUUGGAUGAUUAUCCUACGGCACAGGAUUUGAAAAUAGAUGUAGCAGAGAGUGGGAGUGAGGAGCUGGCAGAAAGAUGGUUGGGCUCUGUGGCUACCUAUCGGCUGCGACGUUUCGCUGCAGAAGACAGUGCUGGUCUGCGCGUGCGCGCCAGUCCCAGCUUGCAGGCCGAGGAACUAGGACGUAUCCCGCCUGGCGCUUAUAUAGCUGUUGUUGAAGAGAUGUUUGCUUGCCCACAGCUGGCGAACAAGGACGGCACGUGGGUGCGACUAAGUCAGGAGUCAGCACAGACGUACGCGGAGAGCAGCGCUGGCGUGGCCUGGUGUCUGCAGUAUCAUGGACAUCUAGAUCGCAGCCUGCUGCUACCUGUCGAUGACGAAGACUCGCAGGAGGAAUAUGCGGCUAACUGGAAUGCGUUCAAUGAAGCCCAAAUGGAGUUGCCACAAUGGCCAGAAGACGACGCUGACGCAGCCAGCAAUGAUUUGAGUUCAGAAGAUCGACGCUUUCCGUUUUCGAUACAAUGUGAUUUGGCAAGUGAGAGUGAUAGCAGUACAAGCCCGUACAUGUUUGGAGAACCAAGCAAACGAGGGCGAUUACAGAGAAAUGAGUCAACCUCUAUGCCUACUCCAAGGCGUAUGCCGCGUCGUAACAAUGGGAACAGCGAGGAAUGGUGGUCGCCCGUCAAACACCGCUCCAGCGACAACUUGCGAGAAGUAGAUUCUUUGCAAGAGACGGAAAUCUUGGGGACACAAGAAACAUUGCCGACUCGUGUGGCGCAGACGGGGACACAAACCUCGCCAGAGAGCACCAUCGAUGAUAUCGCCAACGCUCAGUUCGAGGUCCCUAAGGGAGAUAAUCGCAGUCCAAAACGGUUGUCUCGGGAGCGGUUCAUGCGGUCGUCGCGCGGUCGGCUGAGCGUGUCGCCGCCGCCGUUGCCCGCGCGCUCGUCCCUGCCGCGCAAGUACGCGCUCAGUCCGGCACAGGCGGAGUGCUUGCGGGCGGUGUUUGCAGCGUUGCUAUGGCAUGAAGGCAUUGUCCACGAUGCCAUCGCGUGCGCCGCGUUCCUCAAGUUCCACCCGCAACUGCCGAAGGCGGGCGCGCGCGUGGUGACGCGGCCGCCGCACGACGCGCCGCCGCCGCGGCCGCAGAGACACUCCGUGGAAGUGUCCAAUGCGGGACAAUAUUUGCACAUCCACCAAUCUACGCUGGAAACUUUGACGCGUUCCGGCACAGACGCGAGUACGAGCCGUGCGCAUAAAACGGACAUCGAUAUGCCAAUUCGAGAAGAGGAUGCUGGCACGUCUAGUGCUCCUGAUGCUGGUCCAUCAUCAUCAGUAGUAAAUGUACUACCGCCAGCUUUGCGCGCGCUCGUCGCUUUGUGGGACGCUUUGAAUGAUGCUGACCAACUGAACUCCGCUACUGACAAGAAUAGAAAAGAAAUCGUCGAAAAGAAUGAAAACGACGAUUCAAAAUUAAGUAUUGUACGUAAGAAGAAGGAAAAUAGAGCUCCUCUUGUAGUUCGUUGCGAGUUGUGCGGCGGUCGCAACGUACCGCCGCCGCUGGCCGCGCACAUGCGGAACAUGCACCGCGGCUGCCAGGCGCUCACCAACCGCGGCUACGACCGCGCCGGCCAGUACAAGCAGGCUGACUCCUUGUCCACUGAUAACCCCCUGUCUGAAUGCGGACAGCUCGCUCAAGACCUUAUCGGUGUGAAAAUUCGAGCAACGUUGGUAGCGUACCAACUGUGGUACAUAUUCUGCGAGAAAUGCCGCGAGCGCGCGUUGAAGGCGACGGCGGAGCAGCGCAAGGGCGAGGGCGAGAGCGAGUCGUCGUCCGACCGCGCCACACCCGACCUGGACCACCAUGCCAUGAGGGACAACGCAGUCUUCCUCCUGGAUCUAGCACCGCUUAUCAAUUCUGAAUCUUCAAGUUCAUCUGGCUAUCGAGAUUUAGGUGGUCGAAGUCCCCCCACUCCCCCGGGCAGCGUGUGGCAGCCCGCCCCGCCUUUCCAAUGCUUACCGGCUCUAGGGGCUGCGCCUAAGUCAACGGCGCCAAUGUCAGAUACAGCAAGAUAUCACUCUCUAGGCAGACCGUUGCCUGCUACAAUUGAGGAAACACCGUCAACAUCGGGCGCGGGCGGUGCGCAGUUGUCGCGAGUACCGCGCUCCGUGUCCAUGGGCCAGGCGGGCGGCAGGGACCUGGCGCACGCCGCACGCCCGCCAAUGAUCAACAUUGAAACCGAUACACAGGACACCUUGUCUGGUGUAGGAUCAUCACUACUGGCUCAGCCUAGCGCGGCUCUGCAAAAAUUAGUGGGUGGAGGUGAAUGGGCUAGCGAAGGAUGUGCUGUGUCUGCGUUUGAGCCGCCGCAAGUUGAUCCAGAGGCAUUAAUGCGAAGCCCGGUGUUAGCAUUUAUACUUGCGAAACGAGAACUUCCCGCUUGCAGACAGAAGAUGGAUGCCGCUGUUCGGAUUAAUACUAUCAGACAGUAUGCUUUCGAGGCAUUAAACUGGCUGCUCCGCUCUACGACGCAGCCAACGAGCGUGCACGAUGUGAUGUGGUGGUUCUGUAACGCGAUCGAUAAAUUUGCACGUAUUGUUCCUCCUCCACUAUCGUUUGAAGAUAAUAAAGAGAACGUGGGCAGCGAUUGGAGUCGUUACGCGGUACCGACUGCGUCAGCGGCUGCGAUAUGUCCCGGAGGACGUGCGGCGAGAGGCUCCCGGGCGGCAUUCCACGCGUUCCUGGGCUCCGUGAGUGCGCUCGCGCCCUCGCUGCCGCCCGCCAGCGCUGCGGCCUUGCAGGCGGUGCGCUGCUGGGCGCUGCACUACUCGCAGCACGAUAGGGCCUUCUUACACCGAUCACAAGUAUUUAGCGUAAUUAGCAAGAUAUUAUCACACGCCGAAGAUGGCGCUUACGAGGAGGGAAUGGUUGGAGCUCUGCAUGAGAGCUAUCAGAGCUAUAUAUCCAAGCAGCCUAACUUUAUAUACACAUGCCCCGACGUGACGGGUUGGUGUGAAGUCACUGUUUCUUCUCGCACGGGAAUGGCCGGAGCUUUGACAGACGGAAGUACUGAGACCUUUUGGGAGUCAGGAGAUGAAGACCGUAAUCGUGCUAAAUGGAUACAAUUAUCCUACGCGCGCCCUUCGCAUCAAGACAAACCACAUAUAAUAUGCGUACAUGUUGACAACACGAGGGACACUAUGAAUAAGACUCUGCUGAUGUCGUUCCUGUAUAGCGGCGGAACUAGUGAGAUGUCUCAUAUGCAAGAUAUUGAAGUGGACCCCAAAGCUGCCACUUGGGUUUGCUACACGUUGCCAAGGUCGUCCAGUUCAUCAGUGCGUGUACGCUGUGAGCUUCGAGGUCCGGAACCGGCAGUACGCGUCCGACAGAUACGAGUCCUCGGUGCCCCUACAAGGACUCCCAAUCCGCACCCACACCACCCCCUACACUCGCUUGCUGAGAGAGACACUUUGCGUGUCUUCAGACUGUUGACGCAACAGGUUUUUGGCAAGUUACUGGAAUGGGAGCAUAGUAGUAGUGAAUCGGGUGAAGGCGCCGCGGCCGAAGAGGCGGCUGGCGAUGACAGCGACCUGAGGGAACACGUCGUUGGUAUCUUGUUUGCGGGGCACAAACUUACAUCAUUGCAGCGUCAGGUGAUGUCACAUAUAGUGUGCGCAAUUGGGUGUGAGGCGGCCCGCGUGCGCGACGACUGGGAGACGGCGUUGCUCUGCGCUGAGACUCUUGAACGGGAUGAAGAUGAGUUGCCUCGCGUGCUCACCCAUCAUCAGCAAGAUAACUAUUGCUUUGAAAUGCUAUCGCUGUUGCUAGCGUUAAGUGGGAGCGCAGUGGGGCGCGCUCACCUCGCCCAACGCACCGAGCUACUUGCCGACCUGCUGGCUCUGUUACACACUGGCAGCGAACGCGUGCAAAGACAAGUCAUAUCUCUUGUACGACGAGUGAUCGCUGAAGUACCGCCUCAGAAAAUCCUAGCGGCCCUCAAUUACGCUGGUGACGUUACGACUAGUGUCACAUUAUUAGACCAUCUGGUAUGCUACGUAGGUAAAGCAUUAACUGUCCAAGUUAAGGUGAAAGGCGGCGGCGCUGCCAGCCCCGGGACUGUCACGCUGGGCUCCAGUGUAACACCGGCCCCCCCAGCGGCCUGGUUCAUGCGUGGAGAUACGACGAAGAAACAUGCCCAUCUCGUCGCUAAACUACUCACUGAUAUGGCUGAGGAUAAAGUAUCUGAGGCAUGGGGCAUGGAGACGCGUACUGCGCUGGUUCAGUACGUGCGGGCGGUGGCGCAGGUGGAGGAGUCGGAGCGACGGCCGCCGCGCUGCAUCUCAUCGCCGAUAGUGUGGCUCGCCCUAGCCGCACUGUGUGUGUGCGACCACCAUCAUAUGGACUUAAUGAACGGAUCAAACGAAGGUCGUGAGUCUCGCGCUCGCGAUUCAGUGGCGGAGGCUCGCCCGCACUGCACCAAUCACGACGACGGCUCCACUGUGGCAGUCAUAGAGUGUCGCUCCUGCGGUCCCCUCUGCGCCGAAUGCGACCGCUUCCUGCAUCUCAAUAGAGCUGCCAGGAACCAUCAGCGGCAGAUAUGUAAAGAAGAGGAGAGCGCAAUCCGCAUAGACAUUCACGAAGGGUGCGGUCGCGCUAAACUACAUUGGCUUCUAUUGCUCGUGGAUCGUCGCACUUUGAAGGCGUUGAUGGAAUUCCGUGGGCUAGAGGGCGCAGGGAACAUGCCGUCUGAGACCGACGGCGCAGUAGGGCUGGCCGGGACCUGUCGCUUCUGCGGGGCCAGGGGUAACUCUGGACUACUCGCCAUUGGUAAUGUCUGCGCUGAUCAACAGUGUCAGGAGCACGGACGGGAGGCGUGCAACCGCGUGCUGGGCUGCGGUCACUCGUGCGGCGGCGUCCGCGGCGAGCGGACGUGUCUGCCGUGCCUGUUCGGCUGUGCGGGUGGGGAGUCACUGCGACAGGACGCUGAUGAUAUGUGCAUGAUAUGCUUUACUGACCCGUUACAAGCUGCUCCCGCUAUACAGCUGAGUUGUGGACACGUUUUCCAUUUACAUUGUUGUAAGAAGGUAUUAGCCAAUAAGUGGGUGGGGCCACGCAUUACCUUUUCGUUCUCCCAGUGCCCAAUUUGUAAGGAGGACAUGUCACACUGGACCCUAGAGGAGCUCCUAACGCCGAUCCGUCGCCUCCGAGAGGAAGUGUCGCGCAAGGCGCUGAUGCGGCUCGAGUACGAGGGCGUGGCGGCGGGCGGGUCGCAGGGCCGCGCGCAGGAAGACCCCGCCGCGUACGCAAUGGAACGCUACGCCUACUACGUUUGCCACAAGUGCGGCAAGGCGUACUUCGGUGGGCUGGCGCGCUGCGAGGCGGAAAGCAGCGGCUGGUGGGAGCCGACGGAGCUGGUCUGCGGCGCUUGCAGCGACGUGGCGGGCGCGCGCACGUGCCCAAAGCACGGGGCAGACUUCCUAGAGUACAAGUGCCGCUACUGCUGCUCCGUAGCGGUAUUUUUCUGUUUCGGCACUUCCCACUUCUGCAAUGCAUGCCAUGACGAUUUUCAACGAGUUACUAAUAUACCUAGACAUCUAUUACCGCAGUGUCCUGCUGGACCUAAAGGCGAGCAACUACCCGGUUCCUCGGACGAGUGCCCCCUCCACGUGCAACAUCCUCCCACCGGAGAGGAGUUCGCACUCGGCUGUGUUAUUGAUGUUCCUUAUUACUAUUUCUGUAAUCAGAAUUGGCUAAAUUUUCGCCAAAUUGGGCCUCAACUGUGUACUCUGGCCGUGGCAGUAAGUUUGAACAACACCUGGCGCGCCCCACGCGAGGCUUUUCGCUACGGUGGACUUACUAGUGCAUUGUUGACAACUGUGGCAUAUGUGGGGGUGGCGUUGCCUGUCGUACUAUUGCAACUCUCAGUAGGGCAGCUAAGUCAACAAGACGCUGUGGGUAUAUGGAGAGCUGUCCCGUUUUUUAAAGGCAUUGGAUAUCUCAGAUUGUUGAUAUCCUACAUCGGUGCCGUGUAUUCAAUGGUGUACGUCGGUAUGUCUCUAACAUACAUACUCUUCACUUUGAGUGAUGCUGUGCCUUUUUGGGAGUGUUUUGAUCUGUCCGAGAUGCCAGAGGGCGAUGUAGAAUUAUCCUAUGACGCAUUAGCAUGCUUAAAUGGUAAGAAUAGUUAUACUAAAGAGGAGAAGUGGAGAAGGUUCGCUCUACACUCUCCACUGAGGAGCACUAUUUUAAUUGUUGUUGCUAACAUUGUAACAAGUUGGUUGGGAAUAUUAUUUUGGUUUGCCAUAGGCGGGGAUGGUGAUAAAUCCACGAGCGGGAUAGCAGUUCUAGUUCAGAUAUACAAAGUGGCUGCAGAGAAUAAUCUGAGCACCGCGUGGCCACUUCUUACUUUUGCUAUGUUGACUCUGUCAGGAGUUAUAACGAUGCUAACAUUUCUCUAUCCCUUAUACGACCGCUUUCGGCGCGUGGGCGGCUAUAAAUGGCGACACGUGUCUAUGGGAAGCUCAAUCAUGGGAAUAGUGGGCGCGUUGGCUUUACUAGCUAUAGGACAUCCAGCAUUUACACUGCUAGAAGAUAUCGUCAUCCCUUUACUACUCAGUGUAGCUACAACACUGGAGGUAUCGGUAUUUAUUUUUAUAUAUGGUUGGAAAGUACUAGUGAAAGAUAUCGAGUUUUUAAUAGAAACUAAACUGGUCACGUACUGGGUGUUGGGUUGGUGCGCUACUCCUGGUAUAAUUAUCCCUUUCACAUUAUGGUGGUCCAUAUCGUUUUUCCUGGAUGAAAUUAGCUGGACUAAAGUUCCUUGGGAGUGUUCCGGCAUCGUUGCUACUCUUUGCACAAUUUUAUUAACAACAACAAUAUUCGCUGCCGUAUCGGUAGCGAGACAAGUGCAAUAUGACUUCAUCGGGAAGCUAAAGUCAUCAUUUAAGCCUUCAAGACAUUGGGGGCCACGUGAUCCUAUUACACAUCACUAUUGGCUGUCUAGACGCGAGGAGGUAGACCGACACCCAACGGGUACGAUAUAUCGCAGACGUCAAUUAGGCCAAUUCUCAGGAACUUCCAGCGUCGCUGAUAUAUCUCUUCAUGUUAAAUCGAGCCCCUCAACUCAGAUUAAAAGGAGAUCUAACUCUGAUGACUGGCUAAUCAUUUAUCGAAAAAAGAACAUUGCCGAAUUAUAUCAAGUUAAUAUAGAGAACAGAAAACGAUCUAAAUCUUUAGAUUGGGAUGUGAUGCCGAAAGUUAAAUUACAUGUUAAAUGCGAUAUAAAACAAAUAAAUGAUAUCUACAAAGCUUCUUCCGGCAACUCAAUUUAUUCUAUUGAAGAUACGAACUAUAAUAUUCCAUCGAAUGUUAAAAAGGACCUUGUG